GUCUUUUUUGAUGACGUCAUCAGUUUAUGUUUAGCGAUUGAGAAGUUACGAAAUUGACGAAUUUCAUUUGUUGCGCACGUUUGUGUACAAUUUAGUGUACGCGCUUUUAUAUUUUUAAAUCGUAACACAUAACACAUACUCAUAUAUCGUAUGACGUUCAAAAUCGAAGUCCCAUGUGUAGUGUAACUGAAAGUCACCGAGACAUUCGUUACGUUACUUUUGGCGGCACCGCAUGAAGCCACAGAAAUAGAUUUCCUUGUGCAAUAUCGGCAUGUAUUAAAAAUUCGGUGAAGUAAUUUGAAUUUCGGUGGAAUUUUGGUGAGAUCAUCAACCUUGGGUCGUUAGAAGCGAGGUGUGAAGAUGGUGUAAAGAUAGUGAUAACAGCAAGGCAGUAUCAGUGAUAGAAACAUGGAAAACCCGACGGUUAGAGAAUUGAGGUCAAGGUCUCGUUCGAAGACACCCUUCCUGCGAUCGAGCUGUGAUCGUGAGAACUGCUUGGAUGGUGAGGAGCAUACCCAUCACAAGGGAGGACGAAAAACACCAGUGAAGAGAAGCACUCCUAUCAAGCAGUUAAGCCAGCCAGCCAGUACAGUGACUUCGGAAACGAUAACAGAAGUAGAAGAAGAGAUCUCGCAACCAGUGCAUAAGACUCGACAGGCCACCAGGAAUGCAGCACAGCUCAUCAGGACAUCUGACUACUCCUCAGAGGAAAGCCUUGACCGGUUGAAGGGACACUCCAAAGAAGUAGUCCAGAACGAGAUCAACAGUCAAUAUGAACGCGUGUCGACGAGCUCGCAGCGCUACACCUCUCUAUCUGAAGUCACGCUGAGCCCCAUCUACACGUCACACGGCGUGACUCAUGACCGAUCAUCUCGUAUAGGCAGUCCGAGUUCGUACAGCGCAUGUUCGACGGACAGCUCGUUCGCUGAGCAAGCGCUUGCUGAUGCCAGCUUGCUGCUGGAACUGAACCCUAACAACGACCACCUGCCUUCCCGGCUCUACAAGAUGGCACGAGAGUACUGGAAUAAAUACCCGAAGACGGACUACACGUACUCCCCGCUGUCCAAGGACCGGGUGGAACUCGCGCCAGGUCAGGUCGCCAUGCCAAACAUGUCGCGUCGUUCUCUCUCGCAGUUCCGCGUCCAAGGACCCAACACCAGCGUGGAUGAAAUCGAUCGACUUACCGCUACCACUUCUUGGACGACCAGCACCGUGCGACGUCGGUAUACAUCAAUAGACAGUUCAGACGAUGAGACCAAUUACCCCCACCGCAAUGGCGGCGCCUACACAGCAGAGCAACGCUGGUGGAUAACUCGGCUGCUUAUCACCAUGAUCACCUCGAUCACCACCACCACACGCAACACGUAUAGGAAGAUAGUGGGACCUUCGCAUCGAUACCCUUACACUGAUCGGAGACCAGCGAAAGCAAGCCUGGUAUCUCGGAGUGCGGCGGUGGCGGCGGCGCCGUUCGUGUUCAUCUACUCCCUGAUCAAAACUGCCGUCUCUACCACCGUCACGACCGUCACCGAAACUCUAUCACCCAAUCACGUCGAGGUAAAUAAGAAGUACAUAGCUCAAAGCUACCAGGAGAAAGCUGGAGUGAAGAAACGCUGGUGGCCCUGGCUUCUGUUGCUGGUACUGCCUGCCUUUGGCUAUGGAUCUCACUACACAUACGAGAAUUGGGAACGUCUAGCUAUGCCAAACUUUACCGAUUUCCGCUUAGACCUAUCAGAGUUUUCUGCUAUAAAAAUCCCGGAGUUUUCACUACCGAACAUUACUCUGCCGAGCCUCGACGUUUUGCCGAAGAUUAAGAUACCAGAAAUUAAUAUAACGUUACCUGAUAUAAGGGAGAAUCUUCCAGAAGUUAAGAAAACGUACAUAGAGUACAGAGAUAUUGUACAGAAUCGAAUGGCUGAUGUCUCAGAUUAUAUCGUCGUGGUCGCUGACAGCUGCUUCGAGGAAAUCAAGAAAACAUGGCGAGAUUACAAGUACGGUGAAAGCACGGCGCCUGCAGAGCAGUUGGUCGUGGACACGUACAAACCUCCGCAGAUCCUACAAGACCCAGACUUGAGUAAACGAGUGGCCGCCUUGGAGGACUGGGCAGUGAACGUGGACACUCGCCUCAAAUACUUUGACCAAAAACUAUCGAGACUUGACAACCUCGAGGCACAGAUAGAACACUACUCGCUGAAAUAUUUGCAGCAGAAUUUGAUUCAAGUUUUUAAUGAGAAUGACAACGCGGGCGUGUUGGCUGCAAAACUGAAGGAAUAUUUCGACAAGGACUAUGUUAGUAAAGAGCAGAUGCAGGCGAUGAGUCAAGAGAUUCAUGAACGUUUGAUUAGUACUUGGAAGCCGGAUAUGGAUGAAGAUAGGAUCCGUGAGAUAGUGCAGGAGUACCUGGCCGUGUUUGAGCGGAGGCAGAUGGAGAUCAUUGUGGAAAGGAUGAAGGAAUAUGUGAAGGAACUAGAAGUGCAAACUGUCCACACCGGUAUAGAUAUUGAGAGCGUGAAACGGAUUGUCGCCGGCAUGUUGGACGUCUACGACGCUGACAAAACUGGCUUAGUGGACUAUGCAUUGGAGUCUGCAGGUGGUCAAGUGGUCUCAACGAAGUGUACAGAGUUGUAUCAGAUCAAAACGAAGCAGUACAGCAUCCUGGGUCUGCCGGUGUGGUGGGUGUACACGUCGCCGAGGUACGCGCUCACUCCUGGAGCCAUGCCCGCCGAGUGCUGGGCCUUCCAAGGCUUCCCGGGGUACCUGGUGGUGCGCACAUACGCCAUUAUCGAAGUGACAGGAUUCUCCUUGGAGCACAUGUCUCGGCUGUUAGCAGUUGAAGGCAAGAUUGAGUCUGCACCGAAGAACUUCUCUGUAUACGGUCUGCACGGCGAGAUGGACCCCGACCCGCAUUUGUUCGGCGAUUAUCAGUACGACGCCAAUGGCACGGCCAUACAGUACUUCCCAGUAAAAUACCCGAAGACGACCAACAUCGGCGGUGUCGAGUACCCGGUUGCUUACGACAUUAUCGAGUUGAGAGUCGAGAGUAACCAUGGCAACCCUACCUACACCUGCGUCUACAGGUUCAGAGUGCAUGGCAACCCUCUGUCUGACAUCCGCAGGGCCACGGAAGACAGUAUAAAGGACAGUGAGACGUAGCAUACACUAAAACUAUUUCUUAAGGAAUUGAGAUGUCACGGAAUUGAACAUUGUGAACUGUGAACAGUGUAAACUGGGAAACUCGUCCAAUCUAAUUGUGUUCAGUAAUGAGGAUAGCAAUCAUUCCUAGGCAUAUUGAGUGUAGUGUAAAGUGGCCUUAUAUAAAAUUCUUAAUAUUUAUAGUACAAAAACGAUGUGACUAAAGACUAUGAACUUAAUGUGCUUACAACCAGUGAAGUAACGUUCUUGAAAUCUCCGAAACCGCACAAUGUCUGCAAUACGCUUAGUUGUUCUGAGUACUUUUUAACUGUAUUUAUACUUAGAUUUUUAAUGAAUUUUAAGGUUUUAUUUCAUACUAUUAAUAUUAAUUAGUUUAUAAUUAUGUCUAUGUAUUGUUGGUUUAGAAACGUGAUAUGAAUUUUGAUGUAGCCGGAAAGAAAUUUUGUUUAUAUCAUGCAAUUUACAUAAACGCAAAGAGUCAUUAAUGUAAUUCACUAAUCAAGUUAUAAUCAUGGUUGUUCUUACGUAUAAAUCUGGUAGCUACUAGUAUUAAAUACUUGUGUUAUAGCUAUUGUAUUUCGUUUCUAAAUCUACAUAAUUUUAUUGAGUAACUAGGCUUAAUGAAGGAGCUAGUCCCGUUAGAUUUUAAUAAAUUCUAUGCCAAUAUGUAAUUAAGUGUUUAUGGUUUGUCUCAAAAUCGAAUGUAGCCACUGUAGAGCGUAACAUCCCUGCAAUUUUGAGAAUCUUACUAGAAUAUAGUUUAGUUUGUAAAUAUUUAAGCACUGCUUGUUCUACGGUCCUAUUAUUACUUA